CGUCUUUCAAUUCUUGUCAAUUUUUUGACCAACCUUCCAUUCUUUGCCGUACUAGCUGCGAGUCACUCUUUUGUAUAAACAAACCAUUUAUCACCAUCUUACAAGCUUCUCCACAUUCAUCAGUACUUUGACCAAGUCUGACACUGGAACAUUUUGACACUGAAGGAUACAUCAGCCCAACUCAAAACAUACAGCACCCACAAAAUGCAGUACUCCCUGCUCUCCGUCCUUUCCUUUGCCACCGUCGUCUACGGACAUGGUGUCGUGACUAGCCCCCCAGUAAGGCAGGCAGCCAGCGCCUUUGGCCAAGCCUGCGGCCAGCAGAUGCUGUCCACCGAGAGCUCCGACCGGCUCGGCAACAUCCAAGGCCUUCGCCAGCAGGCCAAGGCCGACUUUGACCCGACAAAGUGCCGGCUGGAGCUGUGCAAGGGCAUCCCGUUCGCCGACGCCAAGCCCGGCGACGUGCAAAAGUUCAGCCCCGGCCAGACGGUGCCCAUCAAGGUGAACAUUGGCGCGCCGCACACGGGCAUCGCAAACGUCUCGGUCGUCGACACGGCCACAAACUCCAUCAUCGGCCAGCCGCUCAUCGAGUUCCAAAACUACGCCUCGACCAAGACGGGCGUUGCAAAGAACAACACCGACUUUAGCGUCACCAUGCCAAACACCCUGCCGUCGACCUGCGGCACCGCCGGCGCCUGCGUGCUGCAGUGGUGGUGGGACAGCGACGAGGCCAAGCAGACCUACAUGAGCUGCGUCGACUUUACCUUUGGCGGCGCUGCCGGUGGUGGCGGCGCUGGCAAUGCAAGCACUGCUAACGCGGCUGCUGCAAACGGAGCUGCUCCCAGCGGCGGUCGCGCUACUGGCUCCAAGGCGGCCAGCGCGUCGUGCAACUAA